AUUAACAAAGGUGAGAUGAAAAGAGGUUUGUGAAAAGGCACAUGCUUAGCAAACAUUCAGGGACGACGUACCUGCCAUGCUAAGCUCGCGCCCUCAGACAGGCCUAUCCUUCUUGGGUCCAGAACCAGAAGAUUUGGAGGACCUAUACAGCAGAUAUAAGAAGUUGCAGCAAGAGCUGGAGUUUCUGGAGGUGCAGGAGGAGUACAUCAAAGAUGAACAGAAGAACCUGAAGAAAGAGUUCCUCCAUGCACAGGAGGAAGUGAAGAGAAUACAGAGCAUCCCUCUGGUCAUUGGGCAGUUCCUGGAGGCUGUGGAUCAGAACACUGCCAUUGUUGGUUCCACCACAGGUUCCAACUACUAUGUGCGUAUCCUGAGUACCAUAGACAGAGAGCUGCUAAAACCCAAUGCUUCUGUGGCUUUACACAAGCACAGUAAUGCGUUGGUGGAUGUGCUCCCUCCAGAGGCAGACAGCAGCAUUAUGAUGCUUACUUCAGAUCAAAAGCCUGACGUGAUGUAUGCUGACAUUGGAGGAAUGGACAUCCAGAAGCAGGAAGUCAGAGAAGCAGUGGAGCUCCCUCUCACACACUUUGAGCUCUAUAAACAGAUUGGCAUUGACCCACCCAGAGGGGUGCUGAUGUAUGGCCCCCCAGGCUGUGGGAAGACCAUGUUGGCCAAAGCUGUGGCCCAUCACACCACAGCGGCCUUCAUUCGUGUGGUGGGUUCAGAGUUUGUCCAGAAAUACCUGGGGGAGGGGCCACGUAUGGUGCGUGACGUCUUCCGACUGGCAAAAGAAAACGCCCCUGCCAUCAUCUUCAUCGAUGAAAUCGAUGCUAUUGCAACCAAGCGUUUUGAUGCCCAGACUGGAGCUGACAGAGAGGUGCAGAGGAUUCUUCUGGAGUUGCUGAAUCAAAUGGAUGGUUUUGACCAGAAUGUGAACGUUAAAGUCAUCAUGGCUACUAACAGAGCCGACACCCUGGACCCUGCCCUCUUGCGUCCUGGUCGAUUGGACCGUAAGAUUGAAUUCCCUUUGCCAGACCGACGUCAGAAACGAUUGAUAUUCUCUACCAUCACCAGCAAGAUGAACCUGUCAGAGGAGGUCGACCUAGAGGACUAUGUUGCCAGACCAGACAAGAUUUCUGGAGCAGACAUCAACUCAAUCUGCCAGGAGGCUGGCAUGCUGGCUGUGCGUGAGAACAGAUACAUCGUCUUGGCUAAGGAUUUUGAGAAGGCCUAUAAGACUGUUAUCAAGAAGGAUGAGCAAGAGCAUGAGUUCUACAAAUAGAAAUGUUUUUCCAUCUGAAAUUGGCAUUAGAUCUUUCCCUGGUUUUUCUUUUGUUUUAUGUUUUUUUUUUUCAGGGUUUAUUUGUAUGAACAGUAUGUUAUUGAGGUCUGACCCACCACAGACCUUGCUUUAGCUACUCAAGGUUCAGUGUCUAAAAAUGAGACUGUGAUUUCAGCCUUGGAACACGGAAAUGGACAGAGACAAGCAUUCACAUCUGGAGUACGAGUUUUAUUAGUCCAGCCAAACUGCUAUGGGUCUGCCAGGAUAAUCUUGGUUGUGUUUCUUAAAAUGUAAUAACUUCAGUAAUUGAGGUUUUUACACUUUAAAGUACUGGCUCUUGGCAGCUUGUUUACGUGUCACGCUUUAUCUGACUAACUAAAAUAUCUCUCUUUGUCCAGUACUCCCCUGAAUACACAAUGUUAUCUUCAUGUAUUGAUAUGAUUCAAGUUGUACACAACAGUUAAUAACCAUUAAAAAUGUUUUCCACAAAA